AUGUCGCGGCCGUGCUCGCGCCGGGGCUUUCGAGCUUUGAUCUUGCUGACACUGGCUGCCACGCCACUUUUCGUAGGCCCAUCGGCCCCCCAGCUCUCGCCCGCUUCGCCGACUCGGAGCCAAGUGCCGCGGCCGGCUGGAGCCGACACCAAGGAUGCCGGCGAGGGCGCCGUUUUCGGAGCAGCAGGCAUCGGAGCUUCGCUGAUCAUGGCUUGGAGCGAGUGGACUCUUAAAAGCACUGGCUGCGGUUUGCCUGCAGGUCCAUUCGGUUUGCUCGGUGCGGCGGAGGGCAUCUCUUACCUGGCCGUCCUCGGCCUGGUUGGUUACAACAUCUUCACGCGAUCGCAACCUGGCCCAAGGAAUUGGAGCACUGCUCUGGAGGUUGCUUCUGGCUUGGCCGUGUUGGUCACCUUGGCCGGCGCUGUGGUCUUGUAUUUCCAGAUUCAGGACUACGGCUUCAUACCUGAAGCCGUGCCUACCGAGGGCGGUCGUUGUAGCAACAUCGGCUGA